AUGCAUUCUGUAGAGACCAGUCUUAAGUCCAUCUCGAGGAGUUACUAUCAGUCACAUGUGAAGCCUUUGAUUAGUCCGCUGCUUGAAAAUGUUGAGAGAGUGAACAUGUCUACUAUUUAUGCUGCGACAGCGAUUGGUGCAGCUCUUGUUCUGUUAAUGUUCUAUCCCUCUAGAAGUGGAAAGAAGCCUCGUUCAAAAGGCACGAAGAAGAAGAAACAGAGACAGCAUCAAAAUGAAGAUAAAAAGAAUUUGAGUCUCGAAGAUCAGAUCAACGCGGUGCACGAGAAGUAUGUCAGCGACUAUAAAACGGGGUUGGCAAAUCUUCUGGAAGCCUUUGAUGGUAAAUCUGAGCAACACGAUUACCAGAGAAAAUAUUAUAACGAAAUGCUUCUUAAACUAUUAAUUGAACUUGAUGGUGUUGACCUUGUGGGACUAGAAGGUGAGCGCAAGAAGAUUUUGAAAGAGAAAAGGAAACAAGCGAUCAAAGAAAUUCAAGGAGAUCUCAAAAAGCUGGAUGCUAUCUCAUAA